AUGUACAUCGUGUUCUCCUACAAAUAUGCCAACAAUCCGGAAAAGGUGGGUACUGCGGUGUCGAUUGUUAUUCACACUUUCCUAGCAUUCAUGUUCAUUUUUCCACCGCUGAUGUGCUAUUUUAUGCUUGCUGUACAUCGGAUGAUCAGUACCAAAAUUCGCACGCUGUUACUUCUUCUGAUGAUAUCGAUGUCAUUUGAAGGUCCCGCAAUGAACGCUGUCACGAAUAUCUACCGCGUAGCCGAAGGCCUUGGCUGUAUUCAAACUGACGUAGUUUCUUCCCUGAAGGACGUCAAAGGCAGAGCCGGAGAUUUCAAAGAGGUUUUCUACUAUAUUGCUGUAUGCACUACUCUACUAAUGGUGACAUUGUGA